CAGGUCGUGGACAUCAUGCGAGUGAACGUGGAUAAGGCUGAGAGGGAUCAGAAGCUCUCGGAGCUGGACGACCGCGCCGACGCUCUGCAGGCGGGGGCCUCCCAGUUCGAAACCAGUGCCGCCAAGCUCAAGCGCAAGUACUGGUGGAAGAAUCUAAAGAUGAUGAUAAUCCUGGGGGUGAUAUGCACCAUUAUCUUGAUCAUUAUCAUCGUUUACUUCAGCACUUAAUGGAAUUUAUGGAGCCAUUUCUCAUCCAGGAGCAACGGCCGGGAGCAGCGUGAGGGGCAAAGCAUCCCCCCUCCUCUAGAUCUCAGCCAUAUCUUCCAGCCGCCCCCCCUCCCCUCCCUCCAUACGCCCCUUACACCCUCCCGAAUCCCCUCCUCCCCUCCGGUGUGUGUGUGUGUGUGGGUGUGCAUUGCGUGGGUGUCUUGUAAAUAGCCUGAUUUGUUAUUUAUACAUAUAUAUAUAUAUAAUAUAUAUAUUUGUCUGUUUGUAGAUUUAUUACUAGACUUUCCAUGUGUCAUGGAAUCUUUCCCCCUUCCCCUUCUCCUGCCAACUCGCGACUUCUCUCUUUCUCUCUCUCCUGACAGUGUUUUUUCAGUGUCUUGGUUUUUAACUAAAAUCUUCAAGGACCAAUAACUCCUUAACCCUUCUCCUGACUUAGCUGGGCUCAGAAACUCCUAAGGCACCCUGGCCCACCACACUUCCUCCCCAUGCGCAAAAAAA